AUGACAUCCUCGCAUAGCUCCGCUGGUUCUGAGGAGUCUGAGGAGCUCUGCGUCCUUGUGGCCUAUGAGGAAGUGGCUCCCACAAAAACAAAGGAACAGUUGAUCAAGGAGCAGCUGCAAGAAUUGUAUGACUACAAGUUUCCUGUUUUUGAACCUCCUGAAGAUGAUCCUUCUGGGAAAUUGGCUUACUUGGAUGCAUGUGAGAAUCUGCAUAAAGAGUCAUUCAUGAAAUUUCCCACCAAGAGUGUUGCACAAAGAAUUUACGAUGGAAAAGAAUUGCUUGACCUUAGUUUUUUUGGUCUUCGUAAAAAAGGCAGCAUUGCUUUGGCUGCUGCGUUACGCGUUAACCUUUCUAUCAAGACUCUCACCCUUGUCGGAAACCACAUUACGCCCACCGGGGGGAUGGAAAUAGCGCGAUCUCUAUCGGAGUCAAAAACAGUAACGUCGCUGGACUUUAGUCAGAACAGAUUGGGCGCUCGCGACCCAGGUGAAACGGUUCGAGGUGGUGCAGUGGUGUCAGAAUUACUUCGCACCGGGAAUAUCUUGAAAACGCUCUUGCUACGUGAGAAUGGGUUAGGUGAUCAGCACGUCGCUGAGUUUGUUGAGGCGGCAAUAGACAACACAGAAUUGUAUUCGCUUGAUCUUAGCUUUAACAAAAUUGGGUAUCUUGGCGCGAUGGAUUUGGCUCAGAUUUUUUCGCGCAAUGCAGAUCUACGGGAAAUAAAUUUGGAGUGGAACCAGUUUCAAACAAUGGGAAGUUGCUACAUUCUCAAAGAGGGAUUGCUGGUAAAUAACACUAUCAAACGCUUCAACUUAAGCUCGGAUGGCUUGGAUGACACCUGUGCGCAACUUGUGGGCCGGAUUAUCGGUGAAAACGCCAUUGAGGAAAUUAUCAUAGCCCAUAAUAGAAUUGGGCCCAGUGGCGCCGAAGCUAUUGCAAAAGGGUUGUUGGCAACCUCUGCACUUACAACUCUCAAUUUAGAUGAUAACCCCCUUCAAAGCGAGGGAUGUUCCGCGCUUAUUCGUGUUGCCGCAGAGGCUGGUACCCUUAAGCAUCUCAGCUUGCAACAUUGUCGGUGCAGUGCGGAGGUGGUAAGCGAGGCGGAAAAGCUGGUGAGGGAGGUUAGACAAGACAUUGUUAUUCUAAUAUCCGAGGACUGCUGCCCCCAAAAAAGCAAUGUAGAUAUUUGA